AUGUCGAUGCCAAAGUGGACAGCCCGGACAAUCAGUUUUAGCUGGGGCGGCCGGCGGUACCAGUGGCGCUACGGCGGUAGUUCCGAGAGGCGCGGCGUUGAAGGGGACAGGGGUAAAGGGUGCCAUUCUCUCCUUUUAUUGGAACGGGUGGAAGGGGAGGGGAAGGAAGGAAUUAGGACGACUGUAGCCCGCUUUGUGAGGGGGGAAGAGACGCGCACGCCGGGGACGAAGAAGAGUUGUUCGCGGAACGGGGGGAGGUUGGAGAUGGCGCUCGAUAGGGCCGGGGGGGAGGAUAUGUUUGCAGGAGGGAUUGGAGAGGAGGUGGUUGUGGUGACGGUGUUGGUGAUGUUGAAGAAGGAGGUUGAUCGACGGAGGUAG